AUAUCUCCUCAAGUCUCGCACUCUGCCCCCGUUUCCAGCGUCCAGUCACCUAGCUCCAUAUCCAAUGCCUGCCCGAGCAAGUCCUUGACCAGCGCUAAUCUUGGCCCUCCACGUAGGCAACAUCGUCAAAUCAUCUCAAAUCAGAUCAUCUCUGUGCUGCUCGGGCAUGAUCUGGUAGAAAUGUACAUCUGCAGGACUAGGAACAUACGAAAACGUUUCUGGCCAACUUUUGACGCAAAGGGGGGAAGAAAAUUACCUCUACCCUUCGAAGAGACUCCCUUCCCUUCCAUUUGAUUGAUGGACGGAGGAAGCCAUCAGUUCUGCUCCUUCCUUUCCUUCCUCCACUCCACUGCCUGACUGUACGUUGCACCGACAGCAUACACUCCGUCCAGAUUCUGGUCUUUCUAUGCACUCAUUCUGAUUCACUUUACACCUCAUUCUUAGAAACACACCUAUCCUGUCCAUCCUUAGCAGGAAAACACGCCAAUCGACUUCGCUUUCGUGUCUGCAUUCGUGCUCGCUUCCCUGCCUUGCCUUUCUGCCUAGAUCGUUCGACAACAGUGCAGCAUUUGCUGGACUUCACCUGGUCGGCAACGAUGAGCACAGCAUGCUUAUCCCUUAGCAGAGCGGAGCAAGUUGUUUCUCCCUUAGCUCUACCCCUCCAACCGACGCAUUCAUGUCAGGCUCGCUCACUGACACUCCCUCACUCACCGCCAUUGCCGUCCACGUUCAGUCUUGUGGCAGGUGUCAUUCAUUGUCACGCUUACAUGUUGCGCUUUCUCCUUUCUGACAGCACCGUCAGUCUCUUUCCCUCCACCAGUGUCGUGGGAGAUCGGAGGAAUCUCCCUGGUCCUCUCUUCAACCGCUCAUCUUGAUUUUUUUAAGCGUUCCACGUCAUUGGACGGCACAGCCCUUGCUUUAGAUGUUCGGCGAAGGUCAUUCACACAGUUUAGCUCGCCUCAACGGUACCGACUCCCUUCCAAGCCAUGCAUUCGUCCAGCCCAGCAGUACGUAAGCCCGAACUUUCGAAGGCCACUCUAGAUGAAGGAUGAUUCGACGUGUCACUGCCAAGCAAGCAUGCCCUCCCCUCUGCUUCUUCCAUCGCGACUCCUUUACACCUAACCAUCACGAAUAGUUCAUUGAAUAAAGCCAUGCACUGCCCACCGUACCACCACGAAUUUCACUCUGGCUUGGAGAGAGGUGCAUGGAACCACCGUCCUACAAGAAACACAAAUGCAUCCAACACACUCCGGCGAGGAAGGCGAGCGAAUGCAGCAAACCCUUAGAGAAAUGUAUUUCUUACUCGCCAAUCAUACAUGUGACAACACAAGAAGGAUGACAGACAAAUAUGUUCUGUACCCUUGGUUUCAAACAAGCAUGUAAGUAGCUCACGAGAUGUAGAGAGCGAAUUGAAGUGAUUAGACCGUGCAACACU